AUGCAGCCAGGCCAGCAGGCCAGUAGCCCAGUACAAGCUGCUGUGCACAUGCAGUCAUACCGUCAGCGUGAUGGGCCGAUGACUCGUAUAGCUGUGAUGUUGUUUGCCUACUCGCCUCGGCCGGUCGCCCUCGGUGCAAAUCAGAAGCCCGCAGAUUGCACACGGCACUCCGCACCGCACGUCGCAGCGCCAGCGUCUAAGGGAACAGCCGCCAGCUGCCAGCCGCCAGUCGGAUCGGACAGCAGUCGCGCCGUGCGGCUGUGCCGCCGAUCGGCGAUCGCCUAUUCAGCUAUUCGCGGAUUCGCUUGCCUCGCCCUCGCGCUUGUCGCCUUGUCGACGAUCGUCUUUCGCGUGACUGGUGUUAGAAUGUUGCCUAAGAAGCAUUUGUCGGGUGCUGAGAAAAGGAAAAAAAGAAAACGAGAAGAUCAGUUUAUUGAAUCGCAAAAGGGUGCUAUACAUAAGUUCUUUUCAGUUUCAAGUAAUGUUGUUCCCGGUGAUAAUCCUGAAGAGGUAGAUGAUUGUAGUACAGAAGAUCAAGGGCAGGAACCUAAUCAUAAUUUAAAUGCAGAAGUUGAUGUCAAUGAGGAUGCUACAGGGGAACAAAAUUUACCGCUUUCAUCUGAUACUGAAAAUUCAAAUGCUGAUGAACAAAAAGAUUCUCUGUUAGCUAUCUAUGAUCCUAGAACAUGGGACAAUCUUGACAAUAGAGGAAGAGAUAUCUUAAUUGAAAAAGGGCCUGUGAGAGAAUUAAAUUUGCAAUUCCCUUCGGAUAGCAGUGGUAGACAUUUUUCAUAUGCUUACUACUCCAGAAAGUUAAGUAAUGGCGAGGUUGUUGAUAGAAAGUGGUUGGUUUACUCUAAGCAUGUGGACAAAGUUUACUGUUUUUGCUGCCGAUUGUUCAAAUCAAAUCAGACCAAAACUUUAUUGGCAUAUGAUGGAUUGAGGGACUGGAAACAUCUCAGUGGGAGACUCAAACAACAUGAGAACAAUGUUGAGCAUAUAACAAACAUGAAUACUUGGAAUGAACUUAGGUUGAGGUUAAGUAAAAAUCAGACAAUUGAUGAUGAUUUGCAACGGGAAAUUGCAAAGGAAAAAGAGCGUUGGAGACAGGUUUUGGUAAGAAUAGUUUCUGCUGUGAAGUUUCUUGCUAAACAUAAUUUGGCCUUUCGAGGAUCAAAUGAGAAACUUUAUCAGGAUAACAAUGGUAAUUUUCUGGGCACAAUUGAAAUGAUUGCUGAAUUUGAUUCUGUGAUGCAAGAACACAUUAGACGCAUUCAAAAUAAUGAAAUUCAUCAUCAUUAUCUUGGCCACAAUAUUCAGAAUGAGUUAAUUUCUCUUCUUGCUCAUGCUGUGAAAAGUUUUAUUUUAAGGAUCAUCAAGGAUGCCAAGUAUUUCUCUAUUAUCUUGGAUUGUACCCCAGAUGUGAGCCAUGAAGAACAAAUGACUCUAAUUGUGCGGUGUGUCAAUAUAUCAAGUAACAUUCCGAGAGUGGAGGAGUUCUUUCUAGAGUUCUUAAAGGUGGAUGAUACAUCAGGAUUGGGGCUUUUUAACGAAUUGAUGAAUGCAUUGGACUCUCUUGAUUUGAAUGUCGAUGAUGUGAGAGGUCAAGGUUAUGACAAUGGUUCUAAUAUGAAGGGAAAACAUCAAGGUGUUCAGAAGCGUUUGCUUGAAAUUAAUCCAAGAGCAUUAUAUAUGCCAUGUGCAUGUCAUAGUCUAAAUCUCACUCUUUGUGAUAUGGCGAAAUCUUGCAGCAAAGCUAUUUCAUUCUUCGGUGUUAUACAACGGAUAUAUGCAUUGUUUUCAUGUUCUACUAAAAGGUGGAAGAAUUUGCUUGACAAUGUUCCAAAACUAACUAUCAAAUAUUUAUCUAAUACUCGUUGGGAGAGUCGAAUAAACAGUGUCCAAGCUAUCAGGUACCAAACUCCCCAAAUAAGGUCAGCUUUGUUGGAACUGGAGACAUCUUCUACUGAUGACCCAAAAGCAGUGAGUGAUGCUCAAUCUUUGAUAACUGUACUUGAGAAUUUUGAAUUUUUAGUUGGGGUCAUCUCAUUUUUUAAGAGGUACAGAAAUGAAGGCUUCACUUCUAGUAUUGACAUUGCAAAAGCCAUUGCAUCUGAAUUGGAUAUAGAGCCAAAAUUUCCUACAAAACGUCAAGGUAAAAGAAAGAAGAAUUUUGAUGAAGAAAAUGACCAAAAUGAAGAACCACAGUCAGCUAUAGAAUCAUUCAGAGUUAAUUACUUUCUAGUCAUGAUUGAUGUUGCAAUUGCUUCAUUGACUAUUCGAUUUGAGCAGUUGAAGGCAUUUGAAAAUGUGUUUGGAUUCUUAUUCAAUUCAAAAAAUCUGAAGUCCUUGGAUGAUACUGAUCUACGGAAAUGUUGCACUACUUUUGUAGAAGCUUUUUCUCAUGAUAACUCAUCUGAUGUUGAGUUAAAUGAUUUUUUCUCUGAAUUAAAAGUGCUGCAACUGAAAGAAGUUUCUCAAAAUUAA